AUGAAUGCUCCACCACAGCAACUAGUUCUAUCAUCAGACGAAGGCGGCGGCAGUUCCGACAGUCGCUCUGACAGCAGCGAAGACGAAGUGACUGAACACCCGGCCCCAGUCAUGGCCAGGGCACAGGUGCCGACGAUUAGUGUAACUCCGCAUUCUCCAGGUGUUCUAGAUGACAGUUUGCAGCAGUUACGACGGCUGCAUGCUGCCGUUCAGCGCAUGCGAGCAGCACCGCUGCCGUUACUGGCAACAGGGACAAGUCGUCUUAGUACGUCGUGUCCGUCUCUCUGCAAGGACGGUGUUCCUGAACAAGAAUGCCCUUCACCAACACAUCUUGAGUUCUAUCCUCAGAGUAGAAAAGGCAGUAGUGAGUCUCGACAGUGGGGUACGUGGGAUCGACGUGAUGAGGGUAGACGCAGUUCCUGGGCGGCCCUUGAACCGGGUGCCAGGCAUGACGUCAGACAACGCAGUGCGUUGAAUGGUCACAGCGCUUCACUAUCAUCUAUGGAGUCCGAGGGGGAAGUAUCACGGCCAGUACGACAUUCAACUCACUCUUUGAAUGACAAUGAUUUAGCUAAGGAGUUUGAAAAGGUGACAGCAGCAUUACGUGCAGCAGCUGAUACAAGUUCCAGCAGACUGCUGCCGCGACUACCGCUACAGAAGUCCGUCUCUACACCGAGCAUAGUAGCUGCUGUACAUCCAACACAACCACCACCCGCCGCUAAUAUUCUGUCAGCUGGUGGUGCGAGCGAGACGGAGAGUGAUGACGACACGUCCGCGCCGGUCGCCAGCCAGCCGAGAAGGAACAACACUCAGGAGCACCUCGGCUUACAUCGGCUGGCGUUCUUGGAACAAGCCGCAUUCGAUCAUCACGCUGAGAAACGGCGUAAGAGAGGAAGUUUGUUCUUUAGAAAGAAGAAGGACAAGUCUCGCAAGGCCUCUCACGUGUGGUCAGCGGCCGCGGCAGGUGGUGCAUGUGAUUGGUGUGCAAGAGACCUGGCUGAUAAACCGGCUCUAUACUGUGACAAUUGUACUAUGACGGUUCAUCAGAACGUUUGUAAAGACUACAUUGUUGAAUGCAAUAAACCAAAAUCAUCCAAGACAUCUGUGGGGAAGUCCCUAAGCGCCAGUAGCGGUAAAAGCAGCAAACGUAGUUCCGUUUCCGGUCAAUCACAGAACUCUAACAGUAAGAAGCAGUCUUCCGGGUGCUACUCUCCGUGGCGUCGCGUGGCCACCAAGCUCGGAGUACACACGAGUCAUAUUUAUAAUGACGAUAAAGACGGAUCCGAUCACAAGCACGAUCAGAGCAAUGCAUCAGACGACGCUUCAACUGAGUGGCCGGAGGUUUAUUUGACAGCGGAACAGUUGGGUGAUGAGGCGAUACAACUGGGGUUAGGAGCUGUAGAACCUGACACAUGGGCGGCAGGAGCACCUAAGGGACUUGCUAAGCAAAUCGGUGACAGAGAAACGAAGCGCCAGGAGCACAUAUAUGAACUAAUAUUAACUGAAAAACAUCAUUGUUUGACCGUCAGACUUAUGCAAAAGAUGUUCGCCGAUGGUCUAUCCCGCCUCGGAGGCGUGUCUUCGUCCCAAGUGUCCCGUAUGUUCCCUCGUCUGGAUGAACUAUGGUCGUUGCACGCGGCGUUGCUCGCUCGGCUGAGAGCUAGACAACGUGUUGGACCAAGAGUAGCCAGUAUUGCUGAUAUAUUGGCUGAUACGUUCGCUGCGCCACAUCAUCAAAGGCUAAAGGCUGCAUAUGGUGAGUUCUGUUCACGUCAUCGUGAUGCCGUCGAGGUUUUCAAGGACGUUUGCGCGAGGGAGACAAGGGUCGCACGAUUUAUAAGGAAAUGUCAACAGAAUCCACUAUUAAGGAAGAAGGGUGUUCCGGAGUGCGUGUUGUUCGUGGCACAGAGACUCACUAAGUAUCCCCUACUAUUAGAACCGCUCCUUAAGACCGCGGGCGACGAUGUACACGAACGUGAACUAUUACAGAAGGCACUGUGUGGUGUGAAGGAAAUUCUAGUCGACGUUGACAACCAAGUGGCAGCAAAAGAGAGAGAAGAUAGGAAAUUGGAAAUAUAUCAUCGUAUUGAUGCAAAGUCAUUCGCCAAUUAUCGCGGAAGAAAGUUUAAGAAGAGCGACAUCCUGCAAGGGAAUAGAAGUCUUACAUUCGAAGGUGUAGCGACUUUGAUGCAAGGUAGAAGUAAAAUGCAGACGCUCCUAGUGAUAGUUUUGACGGACGUGUUGUUCUUUCUACACGACAACAACAAUAAAUACACAUUCUUCACGCCUGAUAAUAAGACGGGUGUAGUAUCUCUAUGGAAGUUAUUAGUUCGUGAGAAGGCAGGAGCCGACGGGCGUGGCUUGUAUUUAAUAUGUAGUGGACCGCCGGGACCCGAAAUGUUUGAACUAAGAGUUCAUCGACCCAAAGACAUCGCUCAAUGGAUACGUGCUAUACGAAAUGCAGUUCAGAGUUGUCCUGAGGAAAUAGAAGAAUCUGAAACAGGAAAUACUGUGACGUCAGCGGAAGAGAGACAGAAACAGUUGGAGGCGAGGCAUGAGAAUAUAAGACUGAUUACUGAUGAUACUCCGUCUUGGAAUAUCGAAGAGGCUUUGAGGGCUAAGGACAGAGAGCAGGCACAAUUAUUGGAAGAAAAAAUGGUGUUACAUAUGAAAAUGGUCGGACAUACUGGGAGCUCUACACUAGAUGUACCGAGCACAGGAGUGCCCCCUUGUCCCGGGGGCUUGUCGUUCCCGGAGUACGUUCGUCUAUCAGGCCCCACUCCAGACACGCACGCUCUAUGGCAGGAAGUCUGCAGGGUCGUGCAGGAUGCUCUUGAGGCGUCUUCUUUAGGUUGGUCGUCACUAAGCGGCGUGUCUUUGGGACGUAGUACAAGCUCAGCGGGUGAGAGGCAUUCGGUACAUUACACUAGCCCUGCGUUACCGAGGAGGGCGGAUACAUUCGCUGGCUUUGACGCGCAUAGAGGGGGUGUGUCCGUACGUCUGUCAGCGUCAGACGUUCCAAGCGAACCGGAAACGGAAGCGCAAAUGCACGCUCGGAUCAAGGACGAAGCGAAUGCUGCCUUAAAACUACAACACGCGAUAUACACGCUCACAUGUAUAGUGUGGCAGCAGCUAACCACCAUACAUAGCUUGGAGGCGCAGGUGUGUGCGUGGAGGGCGUGCGGGGGGGCGGGGUCUAGCGGGGCCGGGGGGCGUGGCCACGACGCGCAGCUAGAGGAACUGAGACACGCUCAGGCCAGGCUCACGGCUGAGAGGGCGGCCUGGGAGGCGCAGAGGACGGCUGAUAGGGACGCGCUGGAACACGAUCGCAGACAACUACAGGCGGCGCGCCAAGAACUAGAAGAACAACAGAAAGAUGUUGAACAACAGAGGGAGAGGCUGUACAGGCGUCUGGAGAGAUUACAACAACACGGUGGCGGAUCUCAAGAGGAAAUAGCUAGCGUUGGAACUCUGUCACCUGAUUCAAGUAUCAGCGAUACUAAUAGAAGAAAAGAACCAAAAUGGAGAACUAACCGCGGUUCAACGGGUUCUGAGUCAUCAUUAAGCGCAUGCAGUGUUCGUGGCGCUGUUCUACCUCCUCCACAGCUGCUGUCAGCUCAUAAUGAGACAAGAGCCAUUGCCCGCGCUCCCGUACAGCAAAUGGUAAAACAACAAUUGCCGUUGAAAUUAGCGAGUGGAAAAAAUCAACAAGCGCCGCCCGGCUACCAGAGAUUACACGAAUCACCUAACGAGUUGCCGCCUGUGUGUCACACGCGCGCUGGCAGCUCGCCCGCGCCUCUCGCACAGCAACACAACACACACAAGGCUACCAGAACAAACACCUACCCAAAGCUGCCGGACAAGUUCCGCGUGCGUUCCCCGGAAGCCACGCCCCCAUCUCAAGCCCCGCCCACCUCUCAAGCCUCCCCCCUCCCUGCGGCUCCUCCCUCCGAGGAGGAGGUCAUCUACUUCUGA